UUGCACUUAAUAGGCAGCUGCACGGUGACGUCGGGUUGAUUCGGACGGAAGGCAACACAACACCUUGGAGUUGUUGUAAGAGAGCAAAGACACGGAAUUCCACUUCAGACUUAAUUCUCCAUAGCACCAUUCUCAAAGAAGAGAGUAAAGCUGAAAUGGCAACGGCUUAUGCAGCUUUAGUUUCUCUUAUGCACAUCAUAGAGCAAAUCAAGCAUCACCCUCACCCUCCGGUUUGUCUUGACAAAGAACAGGUUCAAUCCCUCCAAGAAAAUGUUGCCUUCUUGCAAGAUUUUCUUGAAUAUUACCACAGACUGAUCAGCCAAGAAUAUGAAGAUGGUUUGGUGAUUCGCAUAGCAGAUGCAGCUCAUGCCGCGGAAGAUGUAAUCGAAAACCAUGUAGUGGAUCGGGUUCUUGAUGAUCAAUCCACAACUACUUCAAGGGAAGACCUCAGUUCUAUUGAUCAUCAGUUCUAUCAAGAUCUGCAGAAAGUCAUAGCAGACAUGGAUCUCAUUAAGAAACAGGUGAUUGAGAUCAAGGUGAAGAUCGGAAUAGUCCAAGAUCCUCAGCUGCACAGAAAUUCAAAUCCUGCCGGUUCAUUGAGCUCAUCUAUUCUCCAGGGGCACAAGCAGGCCAUGGUUGGUCGUGAUGAUGCCUUGAAUGAGAUCAUGGAUAAGCUCACCAGACAACAAUCUGAUUGUCUAAUCAUCCCCAUAGUUGGAAUGGGAGGUAUUGGUAAGACUACACUUGCUAGAAAUGUUUAUGAAAAUCCGCUCAUUGUGGAAUACUUUGACAUUCGUGCUUGGGUUACAGUUUCUCAAGAAUAUAACACACGAGAAAUUCUGUUGGAACUUGUUUGUCCAAACAACAAAGAGAGAAAGGAAGCUUUGAGGGAAAUACCAGAUGAGGGACUAGGAGAAAUGUUGUACAAAUGUCUAUGUGGUAGAAGAUAUUUGAUUGUAAUGGAUGAUAUAUGGAGCAUUGAGGCGUGGAACAAUGUAAAAUUGUUCUUUCCUAAUAACAACAGUGAAAGCAGAAUUAUGGUAACCACUAGGUUAGCAAACUUGGCUUGGCAAAUAAGUGGCUCUCGUGGUCUUAAGGUGAACUUUUUAGACACAAGUCAAAGUUGGGAUUUAUUUUGUAAAAUUGUGUUUGGAGAAGAAGGUAAUUGUCCUCUUGAAUUAGAGGAAAUCGGAAAGACAAUUGCCAAAAAUUGCCAAGGACUUCCUUUGUCAGUGAUUGUGAUUGGAGGAAUCCUAGCAAAGUCGAAGAAGACACGAGAUUAUUGGGAGUACAUUGCAGAAAAUUUAAGUUCAGUUGUAAAUUUAGAUGACAACGAACGUUGCUUAAGAAUAUUAUACAUGAGCUAUAAGGAAUUGCCAGUUCAUCUAAAGCCAUGUUUUCUUUAUAUGGGAGUUUUAACUAAAGACAAUAACACUUAUGCCUCGAGGCUUAGAAAACUAUGGGUUGCCGAAGGAUUUGUAAAGUCAAUUAGUGGCAAAAGCUUAGAGGAGGCCGCAGAAGAGUACUUGAAGAACCUUAUUGAUAGAAAUCUCAUUAUAGGCCAUAUGGAGAGAUCUCGUGUGAAAAUAAAAUCCUGCAGCAUGCAUGAUCUCAUAUGGGACCUGUGCUUAAGAGAAGCUAAAAACGAGAAGUUCCUUUGCAGUCUUGAGUCUGGACAAUGCAUAACUAUGCAACGCCGUAUUGUUGUUCAUGAGAGGUCAUCAGAGGAGAAAUAUGAUCUCCAUAAGGUUUUGCACUCAGCUCCACUUGCUCGUUCUUUGACAUGCAAUUUUCAGGAAGAUCUCCAAUUAGCUUCUUUUAGAUUGCUAAGGGUACUGAAAAGGACUGAUUCAGAGGAAAUUGUUACAGUCAAAAGAAAAGAUUCGUAUACAAUACCAAUGGAAGCUAUUUUCAAGCUAGUUAACUGUCGGUACCUUGUUUUCUCUGUUGAUAUUAAUUUGAACUCUAGGUUUCUUCCUUCAAUGCACCUUCUAUGGAAUCUACAGACGUUGAUUAUUGAGGAUAGUGACUGGCGGCGUAUUUAUGCUCCACCUGAGAUAUGGAAGAUGCAUCAACUUAGGCAUGUGCAUGUCUUUAGGCUUAAUCUCCCAGAUCCAUUGACUGGGGAUGAUGGGUUUGUUCUGUCAAACCUACAGAAGAUGUCAUUCAUUGAGAAUUUUAGAUGUUCUGAAGCUGUGGUUAAGAGAAUUCCCAAUAUCAAGAAACUGCGAAUAUCUUAUCAUGAUUCCUCCUCUUGGCGUUACUAUCUCGAGAAUCUUGGUCAUCUACAAAAACUGGAAUCCCUCGAUUUGGGCUUUAUUAAGGUAAGAGGGAUUCAUUUGUUGGAGAGCCUGAGCAUUAUGCAUUCACUCAGGAAGUUGACUUUGUGGGGUUGCCUUCUUCAAUGGGAAGAUAUAACGACAAGUAUAGGUUUAUUGCCCCACCUUCAAGUGCUCAGAUUGUUGAGAGAGUCGGUUACAGGACACGAGUGGGAAACAGUUGAAGGGCACUUUUGCCACCUAACAUCCCUGAUAAUUGAUGACAUUAAGGAUCUGGAAUACUGGAAGUCGGAGAGUAGCCACUUUCCAUGCCUUAAUCAACUUUUGCUUCGACAUUUACGUACAUUGAAUGAAAUUCCUUUGAGUUUUGGAGGAAUUCAAACACUUGAACUUAUUGCGUUGUAUGACUGUAGCGAUUCUGCCGUCAUUUCUGCCAAGGAAAUAGCAGAGCAACAAGAGGAGCUUGGGAAUGAAGACCUUCUAGUGUUUGUUAGUCUGGACCCAGAUUCUGAACUCCGGCCGGAAUUGAAGAGCUCGGCAAGCCGUCGGUUUCGAGUUAUAUUAAAUCGGCUAGCGGGGCCCCGACAGAAGGCACCAGCUUGGAGUAGUUGUAAAAGAAAGACAGUCGAAUGUGCAUUCGAGGUGUUGGAGAGCUCCUCUGUCUGUGUAUAUUCCUGCACUUGUUGGUGUUGCUUCCUAAUGCAUAACAUUAUCGUUUCGAUGGUUGAUGAUGUGAUGUAAGAGUUGGUUGAAAAUUGGGGUAAAUGAUGAUGGUUGUUGCUUGCAAUAAACUUGAUUUUCAAUCUCAACUGAGUUGGACUUGCAGCCACUUCCAAACAGAAUGCAUCAAUAGUUUCAUGCAAAGAGGAGGAUCUCUGUUUGAUGGAUCACUAUUUCCUUGUCAUAUGAGUUUUAGACUUCUUAAGUCAACCAUCUUGAUGGUCACUUUUGUCUUAGUGUUAAGACAUAGGGACAAUGCAUUUUCCCUG